AUGGAGACGUGUAGAAAGCGGAGAAUCAAAUGUGACGAGAGCAGGCCAUCAUGUAAAAAAUGCACUCUGACUGGCCGCAAAUGCGGAGGGUACGGUAUUUGGGACGACAGCCCGCCGGCGAGAGAUAAUGAUAAGACCUCCAUUUGGACGCAGAAGAGGCCAUCGUAUUCGAUUGGAUCGAACCUCUCUCUCUUUCCUGCUGCCGACACUUCCAGUGAGAGAAGUGCUUUGGAUCACUUCGAACGAUACAUGAGGACUAAGCUCUGCGGUGCAUUCGAAUCCCAAUUUUGGGGGAAACUCAUAUUGCAAGCCAGCUAUCAAGAGCCAGCUAUCCUUCAUUCGGUCAUUGCCUUGAGCGCAAGUCAAAUUGGCGAUGAUCAUUUGUCGCUGAAGGCAUAUAGUGCUGCGAUUAAGAGCCUGAAUCGAUAUGCAGCAGGUGAAAACCGUUGGGCCUUGAGGAUAACACUCAUUACUUGCAUGGUGUUUAUUUGCCUCGAACAGUUGAAAGGGUCAAGGCGACUGGCGCAGUUUCAUCUUCAAAGCGGCUUGCGUAUGUUAGAGGACUUCCAGACUCGUUGUAUGGGGCAAUGCGCAAAGGGGAAGUCAUCAGUUCUUAAAGUUCAAAUGAGACCAGAGUCCGCUGACGAUGUGAUCAUUGAGGCUUUCACUCGACUCCAUGUCCAGUGUGCUUAUUUUGGUCAGGGGUCAUCGUUUCAAUAUCGCCUUGAGCAGUAUGUCCAGCUUGGAGCCUCAGCGUCGUCUAUGUCCCGGGGUUUCGAAUCCUUACAAGAUGCCCGACAGACACUGGACUGGUUAAUGAACACAGCCCUGGCUCUAUCGUCCCAGGCUGAAUCCCUGACUUGCAAAGUAGCUCCAAUACCUCGCUGUGUACGGAACAAAGUAAAGCAGCUUCAGGUUGCUCUGCGAGAAUGGAAGGCUGCAUGGGAGGCCGGCCGUUUCGCGAUGAACACAGGGGUCAGUAUCCGUGAUUCGCUAGGAACGGCUGUGCUUUCUAUGUACUACAAGUUGACUGUCAUUGUUGCUGCUACCUGCCUCCGUGGCAAUGAUGAGAGAGUCUUUGACGCACGACUCAAAGCCUUUGAGUCCAUUCUGACCGAUGUGCAAAGUCUUUGGAACAGGGCAGAAGAGGAGCUUGGAAUGAAACCAGCAAAUAAGAUGAGCUUCACAGUCGAUCUCGGGUUUAUCCCGCCACUGUAUUACAUUGCACUCAAGUGUCGGGACCCACGACUCCGCAGGAGAGCCAUUGACUUGCUUCGGAAGGCACCACAUAUCGAAGCCAACUGGGACGGACCGUUGGCUGCGGCUAUCGCAUAUGAAAUUAUGAGGCUCGAAGAGGGAGAUAUAUAUGCCCAACAUGACUUGGCAUGCGAGGCUGGUGAUACUCUGUCCACCAUUGUGGCCAACUCUGCACGGGUGAGCAUAGUGGACGUUAAUCUGGAUUCAGAUUCGAGGGAUAUCGUCACAAUACGAGCUAUCAGAUUUCUGCGCGAUUUCAAGGAUAAGCCCUGGAGUCGUAGCGAAGUUAAAAUGAAGGUUGUAAUUGGGGAAUAUCGGCGGCAACACGAAACGUGGACAGCUCAACACGACUGUUAUUGA